UUCCCAUCAUUCCUAUUUCCGCUGUGUGUGAUUUGUUAGCUAAGAGGAGAGUAUCUGUUUGAAAUCAAGCUCAGUUUUUCGAAAGCUGGAGUUUUUGGUAAAAUCAUGUCUACUGCGUUGGAGAGUUAUAUCAACCGCACCGUGGCAAUUAUUACAUCAGAUGGAAGAAUGAUUGUGGGGACACUUAAAGGAUUUGAUCAGACCAUUAAUCUGAUUCUUGAUGAGAGCCAUGAGAGAGUGUUCAGUUCAACGCAGGGAGUUGAACAAGUCGUGCUUGGAUUAUAUAUUGUUAGGGGAGACAAUGUGGCUGUGAUUGGGGAAAUUGAUGAAGAAACAGACUCUGCUCUGGAUUUGGGCAACAUCCGUGCUGAGCCAUUGAACUCUGUUGUCCACUAAUAGUGCUCCAGAGAAGGACUUUUCAGAUGUCUCUAGCUUUAGCAUCAAAGGAUAGAACUGGAUAAACACAGGAAAUGUGGAAUUUCAUUAUUCAAGGACUUUUUAAAGAUUUGUUCAGACAAUGUCCUUAGGUAAUUUUGGAACAGAGAAAAAAGGAAAUGAAGCAUAUUGAACUAGUAUGCUUAAAAUAUAUCUGGUUUUAUAAACCCUGGCAGCAUAUUGAUAUAAAACCUGCAGCAGGAAGUGCUUAUUAUAUUAUCAAGAAUUUUAUUAUAUUAUCAAGAAUGAAGUUGUUUUCACUGCAUUUCUAUAAAAUCUUUAUCCAAGUAAGCUAAGUACUCUGUGUUGUUGUAAGUAAAACUUUAAUGCAUGUGAAAGCUAUUUUUUACAUAAAUACAAUGGUAUUGGGUAUAUACAUCUUCUGUGUUCUUAUAUGACAAGCACAUAUUUUAGUAUCUUUUUGCAGUUUUACGCCCCCAAAAUCUGAGUACAUCUCAGUGUAUUUUGGUACUCUUCUCAAGAUGUUGUGGCAUUUCUAAACAAAAUAUAAAGGAUUAGAACAUGAUACUGAGGAAAAAGCAUGUAGCAAAAGGGAAAAUAUGUAAAAACUUAAGCAGUCUUUAUCAAAAUGGUAGUGUUUGCAGAAAUAAUUGACUUUAAAAAAACUGUUCUGCUUUAAAGCCAUGGCUCAGGUUAGAUUGUUAGCAAUCAAUUCUCUCCUUUGCUAAAACGUUAUGGACUAUAGAAUGUGUAUAUACUGAUACUGGCUGUGUAUUUUUUUGGCUUUACUAAGUGACUAUUUCAUCCUGUUUGAAAUUAAAGUUUAAAACUUGUCUUUAAUAAUAAUUUACACAAUAUUCUUCUUUCUUAAGUUAAAAUGAGAGGGUUUGGGCUCGCAUCUUGUAGAUGAUAUAUAGAUAUGCUACUAUAUCCAACAACAACAACUCUAUCCAACAAAUUGUAUUUUCAGUAUGGGGUUUCCCUAGCAGCUCAACUGGGAAAGUAGCUCUCCUGAAAACUGGUUGAACUCUAAUGACCACAAGGUCAAGUCAGUCAUGUCACUGAUAACCUGUGACCAGAAUUCACCAAAUGGUGGUGCAGAGUUAACUGAGCACGCCCAAGGGAGGGUUGGAUUAGUAGAUCAGGGAUUUCUUGGCGUCACAGCCACUCCAGGAGCCUCCUAGGAUGAAUGUUUGGUAUGGGCCUGUGUUGCCCAUGGUGUGUUAAAAGAUGAAUGGCUCAAAGGUGGUGAGUCAGAGGAGUCCGACAGAACCUGGAUUUCAGCAUUUUCCAGUCUGUGGCCACCUGGUUCAAAGCUGCAAGCUGUGAUGUGUAAAACAUAAUUGGUGAAUUUAAAUUAAAAAAACCCUUUUUGGUAUGAAUAAAGUGAUGUUACAAUUA